AUGAGCUGUGGAGAUAGGCUGCUGCUGCGCAGCUUACGUGGCGAGAAUGCUGGAGGAUCGGCAGAGGAUUUCUACAGCGCUGUUACGGAACGCAACGAGGACACAAGCCCUCUGUUCAAGUUAGGAGAUGUAUUCUACUAUCACAUCAAACGUAAUGGACUUUAUUUCGUGGCAACGACGUCGUUCGCCAUACCACCAGCGUUCGUAUUUGAACUUAUUAAUCGCAUUAUCGGAACAUUUAAGGACUUCUGCGGUAUGCUCAGCGAAGAAUCUUUAAGGCAGAACUUCGUACUGGCAUACGAAUUGUUAGACGAAAUACUGGAUUUCGGAUAUGUGCAAUGCACAAACACAACACAGCUGAAACAAAAGGUUUGCAAUGUGGCUGUACUCCCGAAGAUACAUACGCGAUCAAUGGGGAGACUGCGCAUUGGAGCGUCAUCAAACGCCAAAACAGUGCCCAGCGUAGUAUCCCAGCGACCCAUAACUGGCGAAGCGUCAAAAUCUAACGAGAUAUUCCUGGAUGUCUUGGAAAAAAUAUCCGCCGUACUAGGACCUAAUGACACCUAUAGGAGUAUGACAGUAGAAGGGCAGAUUCGUGUAAAGAGCUUCCUUCGUGGGAAUCCUAUGGUGAAUAUUGCACUAAACGAGGGCAUUGUGAUUAAUAAACGGCGUGGAAAGGUGCCGAACGUAGCGGUGUUGGACUUCUGCAACUUCCAUGAAUGUGUGGAUACAGGAGAGUUCGAAAAGUCAAGAGUGCUAUCGCUCUCUCCCCCUGAAGGAGAAUUAAUUCUAAUGAGCUAUCGAAUAUCUGGUAGCGCUGUCAUGCCAUUCAAGAUCAAGGCAAACGUCGACAUCGCUGGCGACACUGCAACGAUGAUUGUUAAUUUGUUUUGUACAAUGCCGCAACACGUAAUAGCAAACGUGAAACUGAGAUGCCCACUACCAUCUUCAACGACAGCAGUUGCCCUGAGCACGGUGCCUCAUGAUAGCGGUCAGGCACCGGAAUAUCGUGCAAAAGAGCAAGCAAUAUUCUGGGAACUUAAACGACACAGGGGAUGUACCGGUGUAACUUUACGAGCAUCAAUUAGCAUAUCGGCAUAUAAUUCUACGGUUUCGAAGCGUGAAUUCGGGCCUAUCAACUUGGCAUUCGAGGCGCCCAUGUUUAGCAUCUCGAAUGUUCAGGUUCGAUACCUUCGAGUGUUACAGCCACCUUCGGCUGCGCCUACGUACCGCUGGGUACGAUACGUCACGUCUUCGAACUCAUAUCUCUACCGUUUCUAG